CUAGCAAUAUGUGUGUGCAGAUAUACACGUGUGAUUCUUGCACACCUUAAUGAGAUGGGGAGAAAUCUCCGGCCUUGGAUUUUGUUGAAGUUGGCUGCCUUAGAUUUACAAGGCAGGGAAGCUGGCAUUGCGCAUUACUUGUUUUGUGUUUAUUUUAUUCUGGCCACUCUUGCUUUUGUAAGGAGUCCUCUUAACUUUAAAAUCAUCUUUGUUUUGGGCUUAUAGGGAUACCUGACAGGGAAAGGAAUAGAAAAUGAAACCAGAAUGUGAGCAGAACACAUUCCUGUAAUCCUGAAGAAUUGGGAAUACAGCCAGAAGAAUGUUUGAUGGAGAAAUGGCAAGUUUAACUACUAUUCUACAAACACAGACAGUGAAAGUUCCUAAACCUAUAAAAGUUAUUGAUUUACCAGAAGGUGGUGCUUUAUUUGUGAUGGAACACUUGGACAUGAGAAGUCUCAAUAGACAUGCAGAAAAACUUGGGAUUCAACUGGCUGAUCUUCAUCUUCAUAAUCAAAAGCUUGGGGAGAAGUUGAAGAAAGAUGCAAACGCUAUUGGUAAAAGUGAAGAUCAAAUGGAUAUUCACUUUGUGGAAGAGUUUGGCUUCAAUUCUGUCACUUGUUGUGGUUAUCUUCCACAGGUUAAUGACUGGCAACAGGACUGGGUAAAUUUCUUUACUAGGCAACGAAUUCAGCCUCAGAUGGAUUUGAUUGAGAAGAAUUCAGGAGACAGAGAAGCAAGAGAGCUUUGGGCUCAACUCCAGCUGAAGAUACCCAGUUUGUUUGGUGAACUGAAAAUAGUUCCUGCUCUUUUGCAUGGGGAUCUGUGGGGAGGGAAUGUAGCUGAAGAUGAUUCUGGGCCAGUUAUCUUUGAUCCUGCCUCUUUCUAUGGUCACUCUGAGUAUGAGUUAGCAAUUGCUGGGAUGUUUGGUGGUUUCAGUGGUUCCUUUUAUUCUGCUUACCACAGUAAAAUCCCCAAAGCAGCAGGUUUUGAUAAACGGCUCAAGCUCUACCAACUGUUUCACUACAUGAACCAUUGGAAUCAUUUUGGUGGAGGCUACAGAGGGUCAUCUAUAAAUAUUAUGAAAAAUCUGGUGAAAUGAUUUAUUGUGAAAUUUUAACUCUGCUUGGAAAAAUACAUGGCUUUUCAGCUGCA